AUGAAUGUCUCUGGUCCUGUCACAGUCUUCAUCAUAGAAGGACUGCAAGAGAAAAAAAGUCUCAUGUUUGGUGUUUUUCUAACCGUGUAUGUUGUGGUUCUAUGUGGCAAUGGCAUGAUUAUAUAUCUGGUGAGGACAGACUCUAAACUGCAAACUCCUAUGUAUUUCUUUCUUCAUAACCUCUCUUUCUCAGACAUAGUGUAUACAUCCGUAACUAUACCAAACAUGCUCUCCGGCUUACUAAAAGAGGAGCACACCAUCUCCAGAACCGGUUGCUUAUUGCAGAUGUACUUUUUCCUCUCUAUGGCUGUGACCGGUCGCUCUAUCUUAACAGUAAUGGCUUUCGACCGUUACAUAGCCGUGUGUAACCCCCUGCGCUACGGCUCCAUCAUGACCAAGCCACUGUGCGUCCUCCUGGUAGUGGCCGCAUGGUGCUUUGGGAGUGCAGUCGUCCUGCCGCCCCUUUCCAUGGCCGUCACGUUGCCCUUCUGCGGGCCUAACAGGGUCAAGCAUGUCUUCUGCGACCAUUCCUCCGUGGUGAGGCUGGCAUGCGCCGACACGAGCGUGAACAGUGUCGUGUCUCUAACUCUCGCGCUGUUCGUCCUCAUUGGCACGCUCUGUCUCAUCUUGGCCUCGUACGCGUGCAUAGGUAAGACGGUGCGCGGCAUGGGGCAGACGGAGAGGAUCAAGGCGUUCGCCACCUGCGCCUCUCAUCUAACGGUAGUCUGCAUCUCGUACGUGUCGGCCACGUGCGUGUAUGUCUCGUACCGCGUGGCCACGUUCUCCCCUGACGCGCGCAUGAUAGUGGCGGUUCUGUACUCGGUUCUGACCCCUCUGCUCAAUCCCAUCAUUUACAGUCUGAGGAACAAGGAGCUGUGGGAGGCCCUGACGAGAGCCCUCAGUAAGUGUCCUGCCGUGUCGCGCUCUCGCAGGAAAACAAUCCCCACUUUAUACUGA